AUGUUGGAUUUGACCAGGUGCAUUGUGGCAUUGAAGGAUCUACCCUCUUCAUAUGUCACACAGGAGGUGCCUGCCUUGUCCGCGGCCAUAGCCACUAUCCCAACUGCUGUCUACUGGACUGUUGAGAUGGUGUGGAUCCCAGUUGUGGAUCGGUCGGUGCAAUGGACUGACCCGAUGCAAAAGCAGUUUGAGAGAUUGCAAUCCACUAUGCCAUGGUACACGGUGCACCAACCUUCGUUGAUUGAUCGAGUGGUGAUUAGGUUCAUAAGGGAGAAGUGGCACUUCAGGAACGAGGCAAUCCUAGUGGUGCUGGACCCACAAGGUAAGGUUGUGAGCCCCAAUGCCAUCCACAUGAUGUGGAUAUGGGGAAGCAAUGCAUUCCCUUUUACUAGCGCGAGAGAGGAAGCUCUUUGGAGGAAAGAGACUUGGAAGAUUGAGUUGCUCGUGAAUGGUAUCGACCAAACAAUUCUCAAUUGGGUUAGAGAUGGAAAAUACAUAUUCUUGUAUGGAGGGGAUGACCUUGAGUGGAUACGAAGAUUCACAACCAGAGCAACAGCGGUUGCACGUGACGCGCGCAUCCUUCUGGAGAUGGUCUAUGUGGGAAACAGUAGCAAAAGGGAACAAGUUAGAAGAGUCAUUCAAACCGUCAACAAUGAUAAAAUGGGGGUUGCCUAGCAAGAGCCUAUGAUAUGGUUCUUCUGAACUCGGCUAGAAAGCAUGCUCUUCUCCAAGAUUCAACUUGGCAGGGUUGACGAUUACGACCCCAUGAUGCAAGAAAUCAAGAAACUACUUAGCUACGACAAGAGUGGAGGAUGGGCCGUGCUUUGCAGAGGAUCAGAAGUAGUGGUCAAUGGGCACGGGACCACGGUGUUGCCUACCUUGGUGGAGUACGAGGACAUAUGGAAAAUAAAUGUGCCCACCAAUGGGUUCGAUAAAUUGUUUAAGGAUCACCAUGACAAGCUUCACAGGAUUACGCACCCGUGUUGUCGAUUUGAGUUCCCGAGCGUGGCAGGAAGGAUCCCGGAGAGCGUGAAAUGCCCGGAGUGUCUCCGUGUCAUGGAGAAGCACAUCAUCUUCAUAUGCUGCCAUGAUAAGAGUGCUACCACCAACACCAACGUACUCUACUGAAAUAUGAUUCAACCAUGUUGAAUAAUGAUGGUAUGAAAAAUGCUUUGUGUGUAUUAUAUAUCUACUUUUUUGUUUUUUCUUCUUUCUUGUGUAAUAAGAUUUAAGUGUCAAAUGUAAUUGUCAAGGUCACUCAUGUGGGUGGGCCUUCAUAUAAUCGGUUGUCUAAUGUUGUUAAAUAAGAGAUACUUCCAUGUUU